AUGGAGGUCCUUUCCCUCAACAAAAUAUCCAUCUUGCUAUUUCUAUUGCUAGGGACCCUAACCACCUUGGCUCUAGGCCAAGGCACUCGCGUUGGCUUCUACAGUACCACCUGUCCAAGGGCCGAAUCCAUAGUCCGGUCUGCAGUUCAGUCUGGUGUUCGAUCUAACCCUAGAGCUGGACCUGGUUUACUAAGAAUGUUCUUCCAUGAUUGUUUUGUGAAUGGGUGUGAUGCAUCGAUCUUAAUUGAUGGGCCAUCAGCUGAAAAGACAGCGGUGCCCAAUGUCCCGAUAAGAGGCUUUGAAGUUAUCGAUGCUGCAAAGACCCAACUCGAAGCCACCUGCCCUGGAGUGGUCUCUUGCGCCGAUAUUCUUGCCCUUGCUGCCCGUGAUACUGUAGUCCUGAGUGGUGGAASUAGUUGGGGAGUGCCAACAGGGCGUAGAGAUGGAUUGGUUUCACAGGCAUCUGAUACUUCAAAUUUGCCAGCCUUUAACGAUCCUAUUAGUGUUCAAAUCAGAAAGUUUGCCGAUAAAGGUCUUAACACCCAAGAUCUUGUUACUCUUGUUGGAGGACACACAAUUGGAACAGCAGCUUGUGCAGUAUUCAGUUACAGGCUAUACAACUUCAACAACACUAAUGGACCCGACCCAGAUAUCAACCAAUCAUUCCUCCCGCAGCUUCGAGCCCUUUGUCCCGAUGGUGGGGAUGGGACGAGGCGUGUGGGSUUAGACACAGGCAGUGUUAACAGCUUCGACAACUCAUACUAUGCAAACUUGAGGAAUGGACGAGGAGUUCUUGAAUCCGAGGCAAAGCUAUGGAGCGACCCAACGACGCAAAGGUUUGUACAAGGGUUCCUAGGAGUUAGGGGGCUACGUGGAAUGAGAUUCGACGUUGAGUUUGGAAGAUCSAUGGUGAAGAUGGGUAAUACUGAUGUAAAAACAGGAAGUGAAGGUGAAAUUCGUAGGGUUUGUACAGCAACAAAUUGAUGAUGAUGUAGG